ACAGGUCUACGUUUGACAUUAUAUUAAAAUGCUAAUACAAGCCAUUUGAGCUAUUAAAUGCUGUUUGUUACUAUAAAACGUGCUGAUAAUAAUACAGGUGGCACACCAAGAAGACAAACGAUUUAAAGAUGAGCAAAAAUGACUCUCCAGUAGUUUACUGUGGUCAAUAAUAACAUAAAGACAGAUUUGAGUGACAACAUAGAAACACAAACGCAACAUACUGUAAACAUUAAUAAACAAAAAUAUCUAUAAUUUUACUUUUGAAAAAAAAAAAUUAGCCUAACUCAAAACAUUGAACAUCUAACUUAUUAGGCCUAUGUAUUGUCUUUUAUGACAUUAACAUACAGUAUGUAUUGGAAUAUGUAUUGUACAGAUUACCUUGGCUGUGUAAAGACACCUUUAGAGUUAAUCAGUUGAGGUUUUAUAUCAUUUUCAUAUUCUUUUUCCAUUAAAAUUACUAGCCUUUACAGUGUAAAUAGCCAUGCUAUCGACUGAAAAGUAAAUGCAAAGCCAAGACAAUACCACCCACAGAAUUAUUUAUUUAUAUUACUCGUAUUUCCUUUUAAAGAUCUUACAGUUUGAAUUAUUUAAUUCUAUGAAGGGUGUAACAGCUGCUGUAAAGGCAUGUCUGUUUGACCAAGAACUGUGAUGUUUUAAAUGUUUAUGUGUAUCAAAUUGAUUUUACACACAGCACACGUUAGGACAUUACUUUAAUAAUUUCCCUAAAGAGACCAUCACCACUUAGCUUUGAAGCGUGGAGAUACUGAGUACAUCUGCUAUUGCAUAAUAGAUGCGUUACAAAUCACAAAAGGGAAAUCAUUACUGGUACUCUGGUCAGAAAUCCCCAUGAGAAUGAAUGAGGAGUCUGAGAUGUCUGGCUUCUAUCUCAAUACUUAAUUAUGCUUCUUGUGAAAUUAUAGCAUGAUGAACUGCUUUUAGUCCAUCAUUCUAAAGCUGUCAUUUUUCAAAGACUAGAAAGUUAAUUAGUUGUAAUAAUGUAAUAUUUAAACAAGCAGGUAUACAAUUUUAAAAUUGUCUGCAUUAUAGUUGUCAAGUAGGCCUACCAAUGACUCCUGUCAGAACAUGCCAUGUGGUAGCUAAGAGAUCAAACUAAACAAACACAGACUACAGGGAAACAGUUCACAAGUAGGUAAAGAUUUCCGCUUUACUUUGCAUUUUAUAUUAAGGCCUAUAUAUUCUAUAUAUAGCCCACAUACAUACACAACUCAACUAAAGGGUUACUUUUUUCUUUCUUUUGUCCUUGUGGCUGUGUUAUGAUGGAUGUCUAUGAAAUCUGUAAAUACUCAGUCAAAAGGAUUCACCUCUGUUAAAUGAAUACUGUACUUUAUUUAUGUGUUCAUCAGGGUGAAACUGUACUCAGCGGCAGAUAAUCAAUAGCUGAUGUAGUUUGCUGGAGUCCUUGAGUUAUGCUCACUACAGUUAAUGCAAUGGAAGAGAAAAUAGUGCUGUCUUCCAAAGGCAUUUGAUUCAGUUCAUUUCGACAGUAUGGCUCUUUACUGUAGUUUAUUUUAUGAAGUAAAGCAUUAUCAGACUCUGUUUACUAAUUCUACUAUACAUUUUAUGAUAUUAAAUUACAUCAAAUAAGUUCACAUUACACUGAGAUGUCACAGGCUGUUUGCCUGUGAUGAAGAGAGCUUUUUAAAAUUAAGUUUCUGGAGACCAGCUUUUGAAAAUAAAAAUUCUUUAUUGCCAGAUUACUUUACUUUAACAAUUGGGGGCUUGACUGUUAAUGUUUAAAGGCCUAAAAAAUGAGUUGUAGUUGUGUAAUUACGUUUUGAAUUAAAUGUUUAUAGGACAUAUGGAGAGCCCCAUGACCAAUCAGGAACGCACUCGAAGCAUUCUACUGGAACAAGCCUUGAAGAUCAGGGACGAUGUGAUGACUGCAACCCAGGGUUCAGUCCGGAUGGAGUCUUCUGCUAGAAAACUACUGGAGAACCACAUUCAGAUCAUAACUCACAUUGUCAAACAGCUCAGCAAAGACAUCCAGGUGCUGGAAGCCCAGAUUAUUGAGAGAGACAACCUUGCUGCAGGGACAACUUUUGCAGUAAAGAGCUUGGAUCACAAGAACAUGACGGGUAUUGGGGAUCUCAGAGGCAGAGUGGCAAGAUGUGAUGCUAGCAUUGCAAAAUUGUCAUCAGAUGUUAGUGCUGGAUGUCAGGAUAUCCUGAAACUCCAGCAGGAAGUGAACGAGUUACACUCUGGGCUGGAACUGAAGCUGAAAGACAUGGAGCUCAAGCUGUCUCAGGAUGUAGGAAAACUAGAGGUGUCACUGUCAGAGAAGUUCAUUUCCCAGAGGAACACCACUGGAGAUUUACAGAAGGAGAUACAACGACUGGAUCUGAAGAUCUCUAGUGGUCUGAGGGAGGUGGAGGAGCAGACAGUGAAACUGAGGAAGUGGGCAGAGGAGCAGAUGAAAAACACAGUUCAAUCACACACACAGAGCAGCCAGCAGCUGCACAGACAGCUGCAGGAUAGAGCGGCUGAAGUGGAAAGCAUGAUAAAGGAGAACAUGGCUCUUCUCUCUGGUCAUAUGGAGAGGUUGGAGGCAGAGUUGGAGAAGGUGCGAUCAUCUGACAGGACCAAGCGCACAGAGAACAAACUCAACAGCAAGAUCAACACUUUAGAGCAGUCCUUCAGAGAAGAACUAGAGCAGAUGAGGAGCGAGUACCAGUCAGGGUUCCAGGCGGUUCAUGAUGCCAUUGCGUCUUUGAGACACAUCGGCGACACCAAAGCCAAGCUGGACAAAGGAGAGCUGCAAAGAGACAUUAGACAGAUCCAGAGAAACAUGGUAGGACUGAAGGAGCCCUGAUUGGAUUAUUCUUUUAGAAGACAUAUAUGCUGGAAUAUACAACCUGUGUGAGAACACAAAGUAUAAUUCAGCGAAAUGUGGGCAGAUGGACAAUAUAAUCAAAUAAGUUCUGCAAUUGUUUUCUACAAUGAAAAAAAAAAAAGGAUUUAGCCAGUUUGCAUGAGGUCAUUUCCUUUAAAUCUUUUUGCCAGACCAGACUUUAAAGUCAGAUUCUGAGUGAACAAUCAUAGUUGAUGAAAUUC